UGGCAAAGCAAACAUUUUACUUAGCUUUACCAAAAAAUAAUUAUAACCCUUUGCAAAAAAAUUUCUAAGCAUAUACAUUAUAGAAUAUGGAACCUAUAGGUACUUUCCCUGAAGGAGAAUGGGAUUUCUUUCGCAAAAUGUUUGCAAGUGAAGAUCAUGAAUAUUACUCACAACAAUUUCUUGAUCAAAAUUCACUUCUUCUAGGGGAAAAUGAUGGGUUGAACAAUGGAACACAGUCCACAUUUUGCACUGCUGAAAUUGGUGAAAAUGAGCGUAUGUUUUAUUCUUUUGAUCAUGCUCAUAUCCAAAACUCUAACUAUAUUCCUCAAACUCAAGAGAAUAGUUACAAUAGCAAUUCUAGUGCUAGUGAUGAUACAAAUUACUAUUUUAGUUAUCCUAAUCAUGUACUAGAAAAUAAUAUUAAUAAUUGUAUAUCCAAUGAUUUUCGCAUGGAUGAGAAUUUGUUUGCUUCUUCUGUUCCAUCCCUUAAUGAGAUUGUAAUGGAAGAGAAUGUGAGAAUGAAUGAAGAUUCUGCAAGUGAUGAUCAUAUUGUGGAGAAAAAUGGUUACAAUACUCAAAUAAUGGAACCUUUUGAUCUUCACACCAAGCAUGAGAUGCAAAUGAAGCUCAAAAGGAAACUUGAUGUGAUAGAAGUGGAGGUUCCCGUUGAAGAAAAAAUUAACAACAAUCCGAAGAAAAAACCUCGUGUUUCGAAUGAUGGCCAAGGAUGCAUGAAAAAUGCAAGGUCAAAGAAGAACCACAAAGUUAUUGCUAGCCAUGAAGAGGAGAUGACAGAAGAGAUUAAUAGAGGAUCAAAUGGAAAUAGUUCUAGUAGUAACAUUUCUGAGGAUGAUAAUGCUUCUCAAGAAAAUAGUGGAGGAACUACUCUCAACUCAAAUGGGAAGACAAGAGCUAGUAGAGGAUCUGCAACAGAUCCCCAAAGUCUAUAUGCAAGGAAAAGAAGAGAGAGAAUAAAUGAACGACUAAGAGUCUUACAAAAUCUUGUACCAAACGGAACAAAGGUUGAUAUCAGUACAAUGCUUGAAGAGGCAGUCAAUUAUGUGAAAUUUUUACAGACUCAAAUCAAGCUUUUGAGCUCUGAUGAUAUGUGGAUGUAUGCACCACUUGCUUACAAUGGACUUGACCUUGGACUCAAUCUCAACCUCAACAGCUCUCUACCACUAUGAGCUUCUAAGAAAUACCUUUUUUUUUCUUCAUUGUAAUAUGUAGCAAUUAAACGGGAAACAAUUCCUUAGUAAGGGGAAAAAACAUAAAAUGAAAUUGAGCAAUUAUAUAUAUAUAUAU